ACCAGCCCCCGCCCAUGCCACUCACUGCCAGUCAGCCCAGCAGCAGAGCCACUGGCCACGUCUCAGAACACCGCUUGGUAGUCUACACAACCGGACGGUCAGUCAGUGGAAGUAGCCGAGCAGCAGCAGCAGCAGCCGGCCGAGGGCAGAGGGGAGGAGGACCGCAGGGUGUUGGGACAGAGAGCACUCCGCAACCCGGCUCCGUCGCCAGGCAGCACGACCAAAAACAAAGCCAAAGCUGAAGCAACACGCAGCUCCACAAAGGACCAAAAAAAGGGAGAAAGAUCCACAUCAAGCCCCGGAGACUGACAGUGAUCCUCAGCCAUCAUGCCCCGCUGCAGAGUGAACCUCAGCACCAUGAUUUUCCUGGUGAUCCUGCAGGGGGCGGCAGUGGUGCUGUUCUGCGGCUGGUACGUCCAGCUCAGUCCCUGCGCCUCUGCCCCCUCCAACGGCAAAGUUCACAUUCUGCUGCUGUCCUCGUGGCGAUCCGGCUCGUCCUUCGUGGGUCAGGUGUUUAGUCAGCACCCAUCCGUCUUCUAUCUCAUGGAGCCGGCUUGGCAUGUGUGGACCAAACUGCAGAAACCCGGCGCACGGGCGCUCCGAAUGGCUGUGAGGGAUCUAUUACGGAGUGUAUUCCAGUGCGACUUGUCCGUGAUGGAGGCCUACCUGCCGGAGCAGCACAACGUGUCCUCAUUGUUUAUGUGGAGCCACAGUAGAGCACUGUGCUCGCCGCCGGCCUGUCCGCUCACGCCACGCAACCAGUUCAGCAACCAGACCCGGUGCUUCCAGAGAUGUGAUGCUCGCGGCCUGCAGGCCGUGGAGGACGCCUGUGGCACGUACAGUCACGUGGUGCUAAAAGAAGUGAGAUUCUUUGAGCUGGAAUCCCUCUACCCGCUCCUGCAGGACCCGAGCCUAGAUCUCCGCAUCAUCCACCUGGUCCGGGAUCCUCGGGCUGUGGUGCGGUCCAGGGAGGAGUCAGCCAAAGCCUUCGUGAGCGACAACGCCGUCGUCUUGGAGCAGAGAAGCAUUCCGGCUGCCGAGGUGCAGUAUCAAGUCAUGCAGGAGAUCUGCCGUAGUCAUGUGCGCAUUAAUGAGAGGGCCAUCCUGAAGCCCCCGCCGUUUCUCAAAGGCCGCUACAAGAUGGUCCGCUAUGAGGACGUGGCGCGCAACCCACUCGAGGAGAUCUCUGCCAUGUAUGACUUUGUGGGCCUGGAGAUGACCAGACAGUUGGAGGAAUGGAUCUACAGGGUGACGCACGGAAAAGGCAAAGGCUCCAGGAAAGAGGCCUUCAAAAUCACUUCGCGCAACGCUGCCGACGUCUCCCAGGCUUGGCGUACCACGAUGCCACACAACAAGGUCAGACGUAUCCAGGAAGUGUGUAAAGGGGCCAUGUCAUUGCUCGGGUACAGGACGGUUAACAGUGAAAAAGAACAGAAGAGACUUGACAUAGAUGUACUUGUGCCGCGGGAACCGUAUCAGUUCAGCUGGUUGCCAUCUAAAACAGAGCACCCCAGUAAUGAUUAAAAUUAUGUUUUAGUAUUUGAAUGACAAAGACACCAAGAGACUACAUUGAACUGAAGUCUAUAUUUUUUAUAGGCUGUAAUGAGUGCUGCCACAGACUGAUUCAUCAACUGAGGGAAAGCAUUGAUUUGUGACGAAGACACACCUCACACUGUCAGUGGAGUGAGAGGAUUCAAAUUAGGGCUGCACAGUAUAUCGUUUUUUUAUCGCCAUGGCGAUAUCAACUAGCGCAAUACAUCGCGAAAGGCUGCGACACAUCGCGAAAGACACACAGAGAUUUUCUUGUGUUAGUCGAAAGAAAAUAUCAGUUGAAAACUGCACUUUAAAAUGUAACUGUCAUUCUUUAUUUAGUGGGGCCUUUUAUAGUAAAUUCAAUGUUCAAUUUGUUCAGUGAAACAAUGUUG